AUGCGGCGGGUUAUUGUGGUCGAUGGGACGUUUUUGAAGAGUAAAUACAAAGGAGUUCUACUGGUUGCAACUGCUGUAGACAGGAAUUCUAAUUUGUAUUCUAUUGCAUUCGGAAUAGUUGACUCAAAGAACGAGCGGUCUUGGGAAUGGUUUAUGAGACAACUUAAGGUUGUCAUUGUUGAUGAUCAUCAUUUGGCUUUUAUUUCGGACAGAUAUGGGUCCAUCGCUAAGGCGAUUGAGAACGUGUAUCCAUUAGCUAGACAUGGUAUUUGUAUUCAUCAUUUAGUGAAUAAUGUGGUAACAUAUUAUCAUGGGAAAGGACUUGUUGGGUUGGUUUCAAAGGCGUCCAAGGCUUAUAGAGUUGCUGAUUUUGAAAAGACGUUUGCUAAUGUGUGUAAUAUCAGUCCGACAAUUGAAAAGUACCUUAGGGAGGCUGAUGUGCAUAAAUGGGCUAGAUGUCAAUUCCCUGGAUACAAAUAUGACAUAAGGACAACCAACCCUGCUGAAUCUAUCAACUCUGCUUUGCGCUCACCGAGAGUGUAUCCAGUCAUUCCUUUACUGGAUAGUAUCAGGGAAAUGCUGACACGGUGGUUUUGUAAGCGUAAGAAACUGAUUUCGAAGCAUAAACAUCCUCUGACCAAAGAUGUGGAGAAGAAGAUAGAUAGAAGAACUGAGAAAGGCUCCACAUUUGUAGUUUACCCUGUCAGGGAUGGUCGAUUGCUUGUUAGAGGUGAUAAAUUCGACUGCUUAGUUGAUUUGGAUAGAAGGACUUGCUCAUGUGGAAAGUACAACCUUUUGAAGAUCCCUUGUAGGCACACACUUAAAGCUGGUUUUCAUGUUGGAAGAGAGCCACACACAUUGACUGAUUUGAUGUAUACGACAAGAGCUUGGAGAGAAGCUUAUCGAGAAAGCAUAAAUCCUAUUGAUGUUCCUGAGGAUGCUUGGUUCAUACAAGAAGAUGUUAAGCAAGUCAAUGUGCUACCACCAGACACAAGUAGAUCAGUUGGAAGAAAAAGAAAACACAGAUAUGAAACUGUUGAAGACAAAAUUCGGUCAUCGCAAACAUCACAAAAGAAUCAGCCUCGCAAGUGUAGUAUGAGUGGGCACAACAUAGCAACUUGUGAAAUACCAAUAUAG